UCACCUUCACCCUCACGCGGAGAACAGAAGUUCUGGAAGAAGAAGGGAAAGCGAGGCAGGCAGCGGAUCCGCCCCUCGCCUCCCCCCGCCCAGCAGCCGGACGGGCUCCCCGGCACGGAGACCUUCUCUAACCGUGGGAAAGAGGAAUCAAGCGCGCUCCUCCUCCCAGGCUCGAGCAGCCGUUCCUGAAGCUUCCCGCGGCGACGCCCAGAUGGAACCGUGCUCCGGGCGUUUCAGGGCGCUUCUUCGCGCGUUGCUUCUUCACGGACUCUUCUGGCGCGGCGCGGCGGCGCAACUGUCCCCGGUUUCGGUUUCCUGGCAGUCAAGGAAUGACAGCAGCGCGGUUCCUCAGAAACGAGAUCCUAGUGUCCUCAGCAAUCAGGUAUCUGGAUUCUCAUCUUAUAAUUCUUCCUCUACCACAGCAUCUUCAUACAGGGAAAGAAGAUUCCGUAACAUAUUCUGUGAUUCAUCAAAUUUAGGUUCAUUUGCAUGCUUCAAUGGAGGUGAAUGUGUACACUGGAAAAUGUGCAACUGUAGUCGAUAUAAUGCAACUGGAUCAAGAUGUCAGAUAGUACAUAACAUGGGAACAGAACGAGACAACAUUUGCCGAACGUGGGGACAAUAUCAUUAUGAAACCUUUGAUGGGCUUUACUAUUUUUUCUCUGGGAAAUCUACAUAUGUUCUUGUCAGGCAGAAUGAAUUAGAUGAACAGAGUUUUUCCAUACAAAUCCAUAAUGAUCCAGAAUGCAGUUAUUUUCCAUAUUCUUGUAAACGAUCUGUUAGCUUAUAUUUUUCUGGAGAAGAAGAAAUCAGAUUAAGUAAUGAAGUUACUUACAAAGGCAUUGGAAUACAAUUACCAUAUACCAUAGGGAAAUUACAUAUCCAAAAAGUAGCUGGAUAUGUCAUUGUUAGACAUCAGUAUGCAUUCUCUUUAGCUUGGGAUGGAAUAUCUGCUGUUUAUAUUAAGAUGGCUCCUGAUUACUUGGGCAAAACCCAUGGACUGUGUGGUAAUAACAAUGCCAUUCUGCAGGAUGAGCUUUCCACAAGUUACGAAAAAAUUACAGAAGAUAUUGAAGAGUUUGUGGAAAGUUGGAGGGAAAAUCCUCCCCAGGAGAACAUCCGUUCCUGGGGCACAUCUUUUAGUUAUGAACCACCCUGUUUGAGUCGAACUAAUGCAUUUUUGCAGAGGACAUACACAUUAUGUAGUGUAUUGCUUUGGUCCCCCUUUAAAGACUGUCAUGAAUUUGUGAGCCCAUUUCCUUUCAUGGCCAGUUGCACAAAUGAUUUAUGUAUGUCAGGCAUUGAUAAUACCACUUGGUGUCGUGCAUUAACCGAAUACGCAAGGACUUGUGCUCAAGCAGGAAGACCACUCCAUGAAUGGCGGGCUAAUUUUGAGCAAUGUGUUGUUAAAUGUGAGGAGCAUCUUGUCUACAAUGAAUGCAUUGAUUGUUGCCCAUUUUCCUGUCGCCAGAAAACUCACUGUGUUGAUAGUGAACUUCCCUGUGUUGAUGGAUGCUAUUGUCCAGAUGGCCUUAUUUAUGAAGACAGAUUAUGUGUGAGGCCAACUGACUGUCCUUGUGAUUACCAUGGAACUAUCCACAGAACUGGUACAGUUGUUCAAGAGGAAUGCAAUAACUGUACAUGUUCUGGAGGAAAAUGGAUUUGCACUAAUCUUACCUGUCCAGCUCAGUGCUCAGUUUCAGGAGAUAUUCACUUCAUGACAUUUGAUGGGCGCAAGUUUACUUUUCAAGCACCCUGCCAGUAUAUCUUGGCAAAAAGUCGUGUCUCUGACAAAUUUGCUGUGACUCUACAAAAUGCUCCUUGUGGACAGAAUCACGAUGGAACAUGUAUGCGAUCAAUCAGUCUUAUUUUCAGUCAAGAUUUUAGGAGGCAAGUAACUCUGACCCAUUCAGGAGAUGUUUUGGUACAUGAUCAAUAUAAAGUUAAUCUUCCAUAUAUUGAUGAUUCCUUUGAAAUUAGGAAACUUUCCUCUGUAUUUUUACAAAUUAAAUCGUACAUUGGAUUACAAAUACUUUAUGACUGGAAAGGUUUAAGACUCUAUCUUGAAGCUGAUGCUCAAUGGAAAGAUGACACCAUUGGCCUCUGUGGAACUUUCAAUGGAAAUACUCAGGAUGAUUUUUUAUCUCCAGUUGGAGUGCCAGAAACUACACCUCAGCUUUUUGGAAAUUCCUGGAAAACAUCAUCAUCCUGUAGUCCUGGGUAUGACAGUUCAUCAAUAGAUCCAUGUGAUGUUCAUUUACAAGCAGCUGCUUAUGCAACAGAAGCUUGCAGCAUCAUUACCAGAGAACUCUUUGCCCCAUGCUAUACCUAUCUGAGUCCUCUUCCCUAUUUUGAACAGUGUAGAAGAGACACCUGCAAAUGUGGGCAGAUCUGUAUGUGUUCCGCUCUCUCCCAUUAUGCCCAUCUGUGCCACAGAUUUGGAGUGGAGGUCAAUUUCCGGAGUAGUGUCCCAGAAUGUGCUCUUUCAUGUGAAGAUACAAAGGAAUACAGUACUUGUGUAUCUACCUGUGGUAGGAGCUGCCGAGCAUUCUCCGUGCCAGAGGCAUGCGAUGGUGAUUGUGUCGAAGGCUGCACCUGCCCCUCUGGAAUGUAUCUGAACAUCAAAACUGACAGAUGUGUGCCACAAAAUGAAUGCCCUUGCUAUUUUCAUGGUAUUGACUAUCCCCCUGGAGAAAAUAUAAUCACAUCUUUUGGAAAGUGCCACUGCAGAAAUGGGAUGAUGAAUUGUGAAGACGACACUGAUCAUGAUUGCCCAGAAGACCAAAUCUAUGUUAACUGUAGCCAUCCACCAACUAUGGGACUUGACAGGGAGAGAACCUGUGAAAAUCAAUUGCUAAAUAUUUCUGUGUCUACACAGCUUUCAUGCUUUUCAGGAUGCACGUGUCCUACUGGCCUUUUUAAAUACGGCGAUAUGUGCUUCAAGCCAAAUGAAUGCCCAUGUUCUUGGAAAGGCAAAGAAUAUUUUCCUGGGGACAAAGUAAUUUCUUCUUGCCAUACCUGCAUCUGUAGUCAUGGCUCAUUUAAAUGCAAUUUCCAUCCAUGCCCAUCAAUGUGUACUGCAUAUGGAGAUCGCCAUUAUAGAACUUUUGAUGGCCUGUCUUUUGAUUAUGUUGGAAACUGUAAGGUUUACCUGGUUAAGAGUUCCUCAAUUACUAGUUUCUCAGUCAUCAUAGAAAAUGUUAACUGCUUUAACAUUGGAAUCAUUUGCAGAAAGUAUGUUUCCAUUAACGUAGGAAAAUCGUUCAUAAUAUUUGAUGAUGACACUGGAGAUCCGAGUCAUCUGAGUUACAUAGACAAACUGCAGCAAGUAUAUAUAUGGAAGGCUGGGUUUUUCACCAUUGUGCAUUUUCCUAAUGAACACAUCACAGUAAUGUGGGAUCAAAGAACAACUGUUCAUGUGGAGACAGGGCCUCAGUGGCAGGGUGAGCUGACUGGAUUAUGUGGAAAUUUUGACUCCAAAACAAUAAAUGAAAUGAGAACUCCAGAAAAUUUUGAGUUAACAAAUGCACAAGAAUUUGGGAGCAGUUGGGCAGCUAUUGAGUGUGCUGACAGCUCUGAUAUUCGGCAUCCCUGCAUUUUAAACCCACUCAGAGAAGCAUUUGCAAAGAAAGAAUGUGGAAUUCUAUUAAGUGAAAUAUUUGAGUCAUGCCAUCCAGUGGUUGAUGUCACUUGGUUUUAUUCAAACUGUUUGAUUGACACAUGUGGUUGUAACCAGGGAGGGGAUUGUGAAUGUUUCUGUACAAGUGUUUCAGCCUAUGCUCAUCAGUGCUGUCAACAAGGAGUUACAGUAGACUGGAGAUCUCCUAGACUAUGUCCAUAUGAUUGUGAAUAUAUCAAUAAAGUUCUGGGAAAAGGUCCCUACAAAUUGGUUAGCUACUUGGAUGGAAAAACUAUAAUUGCAGCAAAACUGCAGGAUGGUUCUGUUUUCCCAGCAAAAGAAGAAGACUUAGCUUCGGAGGAUGCUUUAACCUUCAUGCUAACAUCACCACUGUAUAAGCCCAAAGCACAUGACCCACACCUGGUUUCACUGGAAGCAGCUGACAGACCAAAUUAUUUUCUUUAUUUAGCUUCUAAUAAUACCCUUGUUCUUUCCAAGUGGGAAAGAAAUGAACGUUUUCAGAACAGAUCAACAUUUGCCAUCCACAAAAACACAUGGUUCUCAGGAUAUAGUUCUUUUGAAUCAUUUGCCAUACCAGGAUUAUUCAUCUACAUUUCAGCUUCCUCUGUGACUGUUGUUAAAUUUCAUCAUUCUCAGGCAUUCAGACUCUCUACACUUUUUAAACUUGUAGAUAGCAAAUUUAAAUUUUUAUCCCGCUCAACCUGUGAAUGGCGCUAUGAUGCUUGUUCAAGUCCUUGUUUCAAGACAUGCAGAGAUCCUUUUGCAAAACAUUGUCAGACUGUUCCAAAAGUGGAAGGAUGUGUUCCUAUGUGUCCUUUGAAUAUGGUGCUGGAUGAACUCACUCAAAGAUGUGUUUAUUUUGAAGACUGCAUUGAACCAACAACUGAAGUUCAAAUUCUACAAUCUACUUUAAAGACACAUACAGUGUUGGGGGCUCUUCAAUCUUCCGCAGCAGUUCUGAGUAAAGAAAUAGCUUUUUCUGUGACCCCAGCAUCAAAACUUAGAGAAACAACACCUGCAUCCAAGCAGCAAUUCAGUUCAACCAUUGAAAAAGCUAAACUUUCAACAUUUUCAUUGCCAAAUAUUACUUUAGCUACAUCAGCUCUUUCAGUUCAAUCAACUUUCGAUACAAGUGCAUUGCCAGGAUUUUCACACCUGCUAACUGAUGUUAGCCCCAUAUCUGUAGUUCCUCCUUCAGCAACUGAUGUAGUUAUUGACACUUUGCAGACAAGCAGUAUGACAAGCUUUUCAAUCCCCUCAAUAUCUACAAUUACUGAAGCAGAAAUUAAAUUAACAGCUACUCCAACUUCCAUUGUGACUCCAUCAAUUAUUACAGAAGACAAAUCAUUAGACACAUCUAGAUUAGUUUCACAAAUAAAAGCAAUAAGUGCUCAGAGUUCCCCUACAGAGGACAUAGAAAGAAAGCUUCAGAACAUUACAGAAAGCCAAACUUCAUCUAUAAUAGCAAAAAGACCAGAGCAUACAAGUCAAUUUUUUACCAAAUCAACAUUGACAUCUUUGGAAAUAUCUUCCCCUUUGCCAACAUCAAGGCAAACAACUCCAAGCAGCAUUAAGUCAGGAGUAACCCAGUCAACUCCAACAAUCACCAAUGUUACUGAAACUUCAUUUGCUCCUUUAUUUACUACUUUAGUAGCUGAAAAACCAGUUCUAAAGCCAGGUUCUUCAGAAACAUCAAAGACAACAGUUGCUUUAAUCAAAGAACAGCCUAAAAGUACUAUUAUUCCAAUAACUCUAGUACCAACACAGCUUCCCCACAUGUUCCUGACAUAUCCAAGUGUUUUAGUUUCUACUACUAAGAAGGAAGUGCCACAAACAUCAAAUGUUACAUAUCAAACAAGUUCAUAUUUUUCUUUGUAUACUCCUUUAUUCUCAAAACCUCAGUUUUUUACUUCUAAACUUCCCAGAAAAACUGAUUUAUCUUCUACUACAAUAGUUUCCAAAAAAUAUUUACAAACAGAGCAGCCACUGUUUAUAGUGCCAAACAUUACAGAGCCUGCAACUGCUUCAUCUGAUAGAGUUACACCUUUGUCUACAAUAGUAACCUCUAAAACCUCAACUUCAUUUGAAUCAUCAAUUCCAAUCUCCCAGAAAAUAUCUACAGAACACAAAAUACCUUUGCUCCUGAAAACUACAAAGACAAGUGUUCCAGAUUCUGGUGGUGUAACAAAAUCAAAAACAGAAUCUGCAUUUAUAACAGAAGUCAUAGCCACAGUUGUCCCGGGUCCAUUGGUCGCUAAAAAGGUAGAAUCAGUUGGAACAACUGAAUAUCCAUUUAUUCAGCAUGCUGUUACUGAUAUAGAAAAAGCAACAGAAUAUCUUAGUAAAAAAGAAUUGGAAAAAACUACCAGGUUAUACACAAGAAAACCAUCUAUUUCUCAUCUUCCAAUGUCUCUUUCUACAAUUAUAAUGUCAAAGAUAGACACUGCCCUUGUUCCUUCAUCACCUGAAAUUCAGGUUCCUGUGGCUGCAGCUAUUCAUCCAGUUACUUCAAAGACCACCUACAGGACAGUACCACCAAGCACAAUAGUUUUAAGUUCAACUCCAGAAUUGACAGUAAAAGAAUCUAGGGUUACUUUAUCUCCAUAUACUAAACUUAGCAGCAGGUCACCAACUGAAGUAGCAUCCAUCAAAGAUAUAUCGACCUUGUUUUCUUCAGCUACUCUUUCUGUAACAACAUUUCCUCCUAUAAUCUCUCUAGUGAACAAAACAUCUUUGUUUACUUCAACACAACAGAUAACUAUAGUACCAACCACUGCAACACCAUCAGUUGAGCCAACAAAGUCAUUUGUAACUUCCAAGUUUGCCACCUCCUCUGUUUAUACUUCUGCAGCAGAAAGCAUUUCUACCCAAGUAAAAGACAAAUCUGUUCUUCCAUAUUUGAUAACACAAACACCAGGGAAGCAUGAUUCUUUGCUGGCCUCUAAAGCUUAUUUAACCACAAAAGGAACUUCUAUAACAUAUCAGUUUCCAGUUGAACAAACUGGUAUUUAUUCCCAAAGUACUUUAAGUACAACAGAGUCAGUCAAAAUAGCAGUGCCUUCUGUCUUCCAAAGCACUUCACAUCCAUUUGUUACCCCUUCAGUUGCUUCACAUACUUCUUCAUUUUCACCCAAAAUCCCACUUGUAAGUGAUAAAGAAACUACCCAGCAAAUAAUAGAGUCCUUUUCCACUGAAAAGUUAAGGACUCAUUUACCCACCACAAAGCAAGCAUUAAGUCCUUCUCAGUUAUCUGCAGAAUCCACCACUUUGUUUCAUGUAUCAAAAUCAACAUCACCUUCACUAUUUAUAUUGGAAGCACCAGAAACUUCAGUUGUGAGCCAAACAGAUUCACAAGAAAGGGUAUUUGUAACGCCUGUAUCAACAGCUUUCACAUUCGUGAAGACUGGUACUACAGAGAAGACAUUAACUUUGUCUAAGCAAAUGCCACUUUCUGCUAUUUCUUCUAGUUCAGCACCCAUAGGACUAAGUGGUCUCACAACUAAGAGUGUCACAAAAACAUUAGAAAAAACAGCAGGAACAAAAGAAUCUAUCACGUCUUUAUUGUCAGUACUUUCUGAUAUUUCAGAAAUAAAGAGCAGACCUUCCAAAAUAGUAGAAACUGAUGGAGAAAUAUUGGCUACAAAGCUUACUCUAUCACCUUCAAUUAGCAAACAUUCACCAACGUUCCUUGCUCCAUUUAGUUCUACUAAUGAAACUGUAGUACCCAAGUCCCCAUCUGUGAAGGAGGCAACAGUAGCACCAACAAGCUCUUUGCCAAUACUAACAAUUCAUCCAAACGCUACAAGAGCUACAGCCGCUCCUAUCUAUUCAUCAACCAAACCAGUAUAUGAUUCUGGCACAAUAUACGCUGCAAAUUUUACUACUGUUGAAACUAUGUCGGGUGCUUCAGCACCAGCUUUCAUAUCACCUGGAGAGAUAGCAACUCAGCCAACAUGUAUACCUGUCACAGAAAAUGACUGCAUAAAACAUAUUUGCUUAGAUGGACAAUUAAUUCAAGUUAACCAAUCACAGUACUGCCCAUACAGUGCAACACAAACCAGCUGUGGAUUUCUCGGAUUUGCUGUUCAGAUUAAUGGUGACAAAUGCUGCCCCAAAUGGGAAUGUGCAUGUCGAUGCACUUUCUUCUCUGAUCUGAGCUUUAUCACCUUUGAUGGACAUCAUAUGGCUUUAUUUAAAGAAGCAUCUUAUAUAAUCAGCCAAACGCAAGAUGAAGUUAUAAGCAUUCAUGUUGUUGACGACAGAAAUACUAAUAUGGGGAACGUAACCUAUUUCAAGCUAAGUCUGACAAUGCUGAAUUUAACAUAUCUAUCUAACCAGAUUAUCAUUGAUCGCUUAAAUAGAAAGAUAGUGGUCAAUUCAAAAUAUGCUUGGCCUACUGUUAAAAAAUAUGAUUUUAAAAUUGAGGACACUGGCUUUAUGUAUCUUAUUAAAACCCCAACAAAUACUAAAAUUCAGUGGUUCCAUAAUACUGGGAUGAUGAUAAUUGAACAUAAUGCAACCAGUGAUCAAAAAACAAUGGGAUUGUGUGGUUUCUGUGAUGGAAUUUCAACAAAUGACCUCAUGUUACCUAAUAAUACAGUUGUAAGAACUGCAGCUGCUUCAGUUAUCUUCACAGAUAGCUGGUUGGUGCCAAAUACGUUGAAGUAUAUUGGAGAACCAAGAACCCAUGAAGCUAACUGUUCAGCCAUGAAUUGUUCAUUUUGCUUAAAUAUGUUGUUGAGCCAAACAUUCAGCAGCUGCCAUCCUUAUAUUACUAAUGAUGCUGGUUUUCAACUCUGUCAGUUACCAAACCAAAUAUAUAUUUUUAUGUUACUAAUCCAAAUAUAUGUUUUUAUGUGUGUUAAGGUUUCUCCAGCUUCUUUUUGUGAUUUAUGGAUCCAAGACACUGGAUAUAUUCAGGAUCCAUGUUUAGCACUGUCUGCUUAUGUCGCCAUGUGUAAUAAAUUUAAUAUCUGCAUAGAAUGGAGGAAUUCUAGUUACUGUUCCUUUCCUUGUCCAGAAGGUUUCUCUUAUAAGGCUUGUAUCCAUCCAUGCAACACCCCAAGCACUUGUCAGAGUACAGAGUCCACAGCAGAAGAUUCAGACUCUUGCUUGGUGCUCACUGAGGGCUGCACCUGUGCAGAAGGAACCAUCCUUCACAGAAUUCAUUCUGCUCUCUGCAUCCCGGAAGAGAAGUGUGCCUGUACAGAUCAUUCUGGAGUGCCUCAUGCAGUAGGUGAAAUUUGGAAAAGUUCCAGUAGUGAUUGCUGCAUGCACAAAUGUGUGGACAGUAAUACCAUUGCUGCUGUGGAAUACAACUGCUCUGUUAAUUAUGAUGUCAGAUGUCAACGCUUUGGGGAAGUGGCUUUAAUUGUCCCUGAUGAUCAGUCCUGUUGUCAUCAGAAAGUCUGCACUUGCAAUCAAAGCCUUUGUGACACCCUGGUUCCUGAAUGCAAAGUCUUAGAGAAACUGGUGACCUAUUAUCAAGAUAACUCUUGCUGUCCAAAUUAUACAUGUGAAUGUGAUCCAGAAAAAUGUAAAUCUAUGGAACCAAUUCCCCAUUGUCGAUCAGAUCAAACUUUGGUUGCUGCCCAUGUGGAAGGCACCUGCUGCUUCUCUUAUAUUUGUUCCUGUAGCAUUUGUUCUGAUCAAAUUCCCAUGUGUCAAGAAGGAGAAAGGCUCACUGUGGAUGGCAAUACUACUGACAGAUGUUGCCCUGAUUAUCAGUGUGUCUGUGAAACCUUUCGUUGUCCUGAAUUUAAAUGUAUGUUAGGAAUGUCCUUGAUAGAAGUUUGGAGUCCAGAAAAAUGUUGUCCAUAUCGUAGAUGUGAGUGUGCAUGUAAUACAAUUCCAAAGCCUCAGUGUAAACUGGGAGAGAAAAUGGUCUUGGAUGAAAAAUUCCAGAACAGCACAGAAAAUGUUUGUCACUGCACUAAAUAUAAAUGUUCAAAAGACAAAGUAUGUCUGAACAAUGAAAGAGGCGUUCUGCUUCCAGGACAAUCCAUUGUUGAACACUCAUCUGGUGGUAUUUGUCACACUUCAUACUGCACAAAUAUACUUGACCCUGUUACCAAGUUCUAUCGGAUGAAUACCUCCAUUAUUGAUUGUGCAGCAAGGUGCAAAUCUCAUCAAGUAUAUGAACGUCCAAAGGAUCUAACAACUUGCUGUGGAAAAUGCAAGAAUGUGUCUUGUGUUCACACAUUCACCAAUGGAACAAUUUCAUACUUUAAGCCUGGGUCAAGUUGGACCUUAAACUGUCUCAAAUAUGAUUGCAUAAAUACAUCAGUUGGAUCAGUUCUAAUUACAUCACCCAUCAGCUGUCCACCUUUUAAUGAAACAGAAUGUGUGAAGAUUGGAGGAUACAUUGUCCCAUUCCUUGAAGGAUGCUGCAAGACAUGCAAAGAAGAUGGAAAAUUCUGUAAAAAAGUGACUGUUAGAAUGACAAUACGCAAAAAUGAUUGUCGAAGUAAUACACCGGUAAAUAUUGUUUCCUGCGAUGGAAAAUGUCCUUCUGCAAGCAUAUAUAAUUAUAACAUUAAUACAUAUGCAAGAUUCUGCAAAUGUUGCAGAGAACUGGGACUACAAAGGCGAACUGUACAACUAUAUUGCAGUGGUAACUCAACCUGGGUCAGCUAUACAAUUCAGGAACCCACAGACUGUUCUUGCCAAUGGUCAUGAAGCAAUGCUAAAAGAAGUCUUUUUCUUAAACAGCUUUGGAGGCAAUUAAUUUUAUUCCCAAAAUGAAUUCAGAAUGUUAACAGUUCAUCACUUGACAAUGCAACUAUCUAUAGCUAGAACUGUAUAGUUUUAAAGAUGAUGUUUAAUGUUAAUGUUAUAUAUUUUUAGUAUGCAUCCCCAUAAGAAAAUGAUGCUUCACUGGAAUGUUCAGUAUUUUUCAAUAUUCUAUAUAAUUGGCUACUUAUAUAACUGUAUAAAUGGUUUACUUACAGUAUGUGAACAGUAGAGUGUGUGAAAAGAUAAUGGACAAUGCCUUGACAAAUAUAGCUGUGGGUCAAAUUACCCUAUUGAUGGAAAUUAUUGCCAUUCUUUACCAUAAGUUUAUCAUUAAUGUUGCAUUGUUCACAUGAAGAGACUGUAUUAAAUAUGAAAAUAGAUUGAGGAUUAUAAUCCUUUAGAUCCACUUAAAAGAAUGGUAUGAUUCAACUAUAUGGUAAGAAAAUAGUUGCAUAUAAUCGUCUUGGAUGAUGGGAUGUGGUGAUUCAAUCAAAUAGGAAGCAUACACAUUUAGAUAUGCACAGUGAGAUGCGUCACAUCUCUGACAGGUAAAAAUGGGAUGUUUUAUUCCAAAGUACUUUUCAUUGAAACAAAAUCAACAAAAAAACCUCUUUGUUAGUUCAUAAUCAAUUGCUAACAAAAACAUUCCAACCUAAAAGAGGAGAAAUCUGGGCCCGUUUGAAUUUCAUAAAUGUAAGUUCUUGCCUUGUGCCAACUUUCAGAAGAGAAGUUGCAUGUAAAAUAAUGCAAACCGUGUAAUUAUAUGCAUAUUUAUCAGGGAAAUGUUUUCAGCAUGGAUAAGUGUAUAUAUAAGCUUGAUCUCUGGUGGGAAACAUGGCUUAAAAAUAGUUUAUGGUGUUAUAAGACAUAUUUUUAUAGGAAAUGUACGUGAUCUAUUUCAAUUAUUUAGCAUAACAAAGAGCAGUCAAUAUCUCUUAAAACAUUGGGACAGUUUAAAGAAAUAUUACAAUUUAUCACAUUAAAAAUAAUUCUGUCAUACAAACAGAAUAUUUGAAAAAUAAAUAUUUAGCCAUCUAAAGUAUAAUAUUUCUGUUAUUUGUGGGGUUCUUUUCUAGUCUAGUAAUUACAAAUAACAAAACCAUGGAUAAUGAAACUUUGAAAAAAAAAUGUACUUUAAUCAAGCACAAAUGUCCACCUAUCCUUUUGCAUGUCUAUAACGUAACAGAAAGUAUAGAAAAAUUAUAGGUACACAACAAGUGAAUCUAUUCCCAUCUCUCUUACUUACAUCAACUUAGUUAUUCCUACAGAGAAUGAGUUCCAUAGUGCUCCAAAUCUUCUAUGGAGUUUUGAAACAAAUUUCAAAGGAUUUGCUCACCCUUCCUUUUUACUAUUCACAAACAGCUUUUAUUAUCUACAGUUCCAUUACCCAGAGCUUUGCAGAUCCACAGUUCCUAAAAAGAGAUCAGAUUUUCUUAUUCACGAUAGAUUCAUUUUUCUCCAGCCAUAUGCUCCAUUUUAAACUACUUUUGAAACUCUUGAGAAUACAUAAUUUGCUGUGUGAUAAUCAACUAAAGUAAUGAGAACUUAAAAAGAGCCCAGAGUAGUCAAAUUGUCAAUAAAAAGAGUUUCUGUUUUUCAAAAAUGUACUUUUCUUUUGCAGAGAUUAUUUAAUCAAAAUACUCAUAAACCAGAAGUCCAAUGAAAACUUUUAUCUAUGCAGCCAGUUUUAAUGUAAUAUACUAUUAAUAUAUUCUACCUCCUGGUUUUAAAACAGAGAAUCCUUUUUCUGCAGUAGGGGGUAUUUUAUAAGUAAGAAAUUCCCGAAAAACAAAAGGUUCAAAAGUUCUGUAUUAUUUACAUGUUGAGAGCCAGUUUGGUGUAAUGAUUAAGGCAUCAGGCUAGAAAUCUUGAGUUCUUGUACCAUUUUAGGCACAAAGCCAGUUGGGGUGACUUUUGAACCUGUGACUUUCUCUCGGCCCUAGGAAGAACGCAAUGGCAAACCACUUCAGAACAUUCAUAGGUUUUUCCAGGAAGUUGCCAGAAAUGAAGACUGACUUGAAGACACCAAAACCAAAACCAAAAAAAUGAUAUUUAAUGUUUAUGCUUCAGGUAUAAGGUGUGGCUGCCUCUGUCUAUUGAGAAAUCCACCAAAAUGUCCCUUCAUUAACUUAAACAUUCUAGUGAUACAAAUGGAUUCUGACCACUCAUCGUUUCUUAGAAUUAAAUUCAAAGAUUUUGGAAAGUUUACACCAUUUGCUUUUUAUGUAUGUUGCAUGAUAACCAUUAAUUUAUUAGGAAGAUCUGUAUUUUUAGCUUGCUAUUCUUUAAAGUGUUACAUAUCACGAUUCUGCUGUACAUAUCUUUAUUUCAUUUAUAUCAUAUUUAAUAACCCUUAACAGCAUAUUAUAAAAUAU